UGAAAACCUCAGUCAUUGAAGUGUUUUAGCACCUAGUUAUAUGACGGCGCUUAUAUAGCGUAAACCUUCUACGUUUUUACGUGAAACAUCUGGCCAAUCAAAACGAACAUGAUCGCAUGUUACUAAAAGGUGCUUAAUCGCCUCACUCGGGUUGCAUUGUGGGUAAUUCAAAAUGGCGAUAACUGAGCGGGUCGAUCGGCGAAGCGUUUCCCAAACAUGAGCGAUAAACAAAGGAAUCAGCUCUUUUCUGCAUCGUCCAAAGGCGACCAAGUUGUCGAGUGAAGUGAAGUUGGGGCUGCUCUAUGGCUUGAAGCUUUGUGCUGUUACCCAGGAUCUAAAAAAUCGGGGAUGAAGAAAAUUAAACGAGCUCUCUCAUUGAAAGGCAAGGGAGUUGAUGACACGCUUUCGGAGCUCGCCGAGCAAAUGUCCCUCGAUGUGAACGGCAAAGACAAUGGGUUUGAUCACCAGAAUGGGCCAAUUAAAGAUGAGUUUGAAGCAGGAGUAGAAACGGCAGACGAAUUUCUCCAAGUUCCUAUGAGAAAACCAAGGUCAAAAUCAACUGUCUCCGCACCAACAAACUCCAGCAAACGCCUUUCAUUACCCGUUCUUCACUAUGGGACAUCACUGAAUGACAUCUCCAUGAGAAAGAGUCCAGCCCACAGAACAAGAAGUUCAACGGAGUUUGGCUCAUCAAAGAGUCCUCCGUAUGGCAGUGAGCAGCACCUCAGUCGCCGAAGUAGGAGAAUGUCUCUUUCUGAACUUGGUUAUGGAAAAAUGGAAACAUACGUCAAGUUGGACAAAUUGGGAGAGGGUACAUAUGCAACUGUUUUCAAAGGGAAAAGCAAGCUUACAGACAAUUUAGUCGCAUUAAAAGAAAUAAGGCUGGAACACGAGGAAGGUGCUCCUUGUACAGCUAUAAGAGAAGUUUCUCUUUUGAAAGAUUUGAAGCAUGCAAAUAUUGUCACUCUCCAUGAUAUUGUUCACACACCCAAGUCUCUGACGCUAGUUUUUGAAUAUCUGGAAAAAGAUCUCAAACAAUACAUGGAUGAUUGUGGAGGCAUAAUGAGUAUGACCAAUGUCAGAUGGCUCAUACAUGGUGCUUUUCAUUGCAUUCUUUCAAAUUGUAUGAUUUUGAUUUGCAGGUAUAGACCACCAGAUGUGUUACUGGGAUCAACGGAGUAUUCCACUCAAAUCGACAUGUGGGGUGUAGGAUGCAUAUUCUUUGAGAUGGCGACAGGCAGACCGUUCUUUCCUGGCUCGACUGUGGAAGAUCAACUUCAUUUAAUUUUCAAGACUCUUGGAACUCCAACUGAAGAUACGUGGCCGGGAAUCACAAGUAAUGAAAUUUUUCUCUCGGGAAGGUUUCCAUAUUAUCCAAAGGAGCAUCUUAUAAAUCACUCGCCAAGACUCGAUAAUUCAGGGCUAGACUUGCUUGAAAGAUUUGUUGAGUUUGUUGUAAAGAACAGAAUAUCAGCUUCGGAUGCUAUGAGGCACGAUUACUUCUCCUGUCUGGGCAAAAACAUUCGAGAAUUAAAGAAUAUCGAGUCGAUCUUUAACAUAGAAGAGAUACGAUUGACCAAGGAUCCUGGAUACAGACCUGUUGGGAGAACGGGUCUAGGUCCGGGUCGACGGCGGCAAAGUAUGCUGUUCUAGGUCCCAUUACUUAUCGUCCACGGAGGGGCGUAUAUAUUCGCGUGGAGUCUGGUACUUUCAGUGAAUCGUCGGGGCUGGUUACCUCUGAAUCCUACGUAGUCAUGGCGACGGACUUGGAAAAAAAACAUCUGCAUUUUUUUUUCCAACUAGUUGUGGAUUUUAAUUAAUUUUAUAUGAAAAAAGAAAAAUUCUUAUCAAGUAUAAAUAUUCUGUUUUGUUAGUCGUAGAUAUCGGCGGAGAAACGGCCUUUUUUAAUUUAUGGAUAAAGAGAGUAUUUUAGACAGAAAGACGGGACGUGAUACUGGUUUGAACACGCAACGUUUUAAUCGCGUAACGUUUUGGCUUUUUAGGUUUAGGGAGUUAUGAAAUAGAUAGUUUGUCGCUUUCACUUUUUUGCCUCAAGAAACAGACCUUGCCUUGAGUUUCAAAAUCAGUAAAUGUCAGAUGAAAAGAUCAUCGCCAGUGCGUGGUCAAACGAGCUGUGAGUACUCAACAGUCCAAUUAGAACUCUUUUCCACUUAACCCAGAAGGGGUGGGCUUACUCGGGUAUAAUAGUGACCGUGAGGUGCGAAUGAGGCCAAAUCGUCAGACCCAAAACCAG